UUUACUCCAUGCCAAUCAGCAAAUAAGGAAAAAGACAAGUUCUCCCUCCAGCAUUAUCCUGAGGCAUGUAAGGAGAACGUUCUUCUCUGAGAACCGUCACUUGUUAUUGCAGCUCCGUGCCUGACACCCCAUAUUCUCACCAUGAAGAUUGCCGUCUUCCUCAUCCUUAUUCUGAACCUCACCAAUGCUCAUGAUUCUUCAGAUCAGUUUCCAGGCAAAAACUCCACAAUAACAGUAACCAUAGAUGGUGUCUCAUAUCAGAUUCCGAAACUGAAACCUCUGGAUAAAUGCACACUGCAAGCUUAUAUCAAUACUGCACUCUCCAUAUUAAAGGCUGAGGAAGAUUACAGGAAUUGCUCUGAAAGUGAGAGAGCAACAAGAGGACAAUGUGUAGCUGACCAGUCCUACAGCUUGCUGAAAAUAAUAGCCUUUGAAUUGGGAUGUGAGUUUAAGACUCUAUUAAAAUUACUGGGAUAUACAGAUGAACGUGUUGAAUUAGUCGUGACUGAAGACUAUGACCAAUUAUUAGAAAAUAAGUCUGUCGGCGAUAUAGUUGGAGAUGUUAUGCGCUGUUUGGAAGGACUUUCGGCAAGACCUCAAAUUCUUUUUAAGGAUCAACUGGUGACCACAAACAAUCAUGUGGAAGGACUUUCGGCAGUACCUCAAAUUCUUUUUAAGGAUCAACUGGUGACCACAAACAAUCAUGUGUUACUUGUCAAAAAUAUGAUUUCUCACAGUUUUAUACAUGAUACACUUGAGGAUGAAAGAAAAAUAUUAUCUGCUUUACUUUUCGGAAGCAAGUCUCAAUUUCAGGAAUUUUUAUCAAUCUUGAAAAAUGUUGGCAAUGCAUAGCUGGUAUAUAAAAGUGUAUAAUCAGGUAUUGUGCGUCGGUGAAUCCCAGACGCAGGGCAGGAACACGGGUGGAUCAUGCCAGUGACCCUGUAUCUCUGUCACAUUAAUCAUCAUCAUUUCUUUUAAUGAAUUAUUUGAUGUAGAGGAAUUAGAUCUUCUGAUUUGAUGGUGUGAUUACUGCUUCUCAAUAAAUUGUAUUCCAAGCAUCACUUUAA